AUUUACCCAUUUGCAAUAAGUGUGCCUUGUAAGAUGAUUCAUCAUGCCCAAGAUGACAUUUUGAAGUUCUUUGAAGUGACUGAUGGGAUUGAUGUCACAUGGUUACAUGCUGUCAACUCACCUGAGUUAUUAGAACAGGGGCUGUCAGGCAAGACAAUGAUGCUGGAGGCAGAUGUCUUGAUGCGGAACAACAUGGUGGAUGGAACCCCUGUGAUGGCCCAUCCCCCAGCUGUAGACAGCAACUUAACCUUGCAAACUUUUCUGGAGAAAACAACCACCUCACUCAGCAAAGGAAUCAAGUUGGACUUCAAGACAAUUCAAGUAGUGGAACCUGCCUUAAAGAUGAUAAAAAAUGUAACGUCUGGGCAACAGGUCACCAACCCAAUUUGGUUGAAUGCUGAUAUACUACCUGGUCCUUGCUAUGAUGAAGUUUGUGUUCCUGUGGACCAUGAGAGGUUCCUGUCUCUGUGCAAAAGUUACUACCCCAAUGCAACCCUUUCUAUUAGCUGGACAACAGGAAAUAAUAUGACAGCAUCAAAAAACUACUACAACUGGUCCCAAGUUCUCCCAAUGGGAAAACUUGUAUCCCAGAUUGCACAGCCAAUCACCUUUCCUUUCCGUGCUAAUCUUGUGCAAAGGUCAUGGGAUCAGCUUCAGUGGUUACUUGACUUGUCAGAAGAAUUCACUGUGACAAUCUGGUCUUCUACAACUGAUAAGCUUGAUCCUCUAGACCUUGUUGCUCUACGUAAUAAUGUGUCAUUUAAAAGAAUCUAUUAUGACCUUCCACCUGAUCAGGAAAAGGCCUUUGAAGAUGCUCUAAAGUCCAACAGUGACAUUGUUAAAAAGAAAGAGGCUUUUGAAUGGAAAGCUUCAGCUGCAAAGGAUUGCCAAGAUGUUCUUGUUGGUCAUAACAGUGUAAUGUUUUCAGGACAGGGUGGAACAGUUGUUUCUGAGAAGACUCUGUACAAAGUAUCAAAUGGUGCAUUCUCAGAAUUUACAGGUAAUGUUUCCUUCAUCAAGCUUGAUGGAGCUAGAGAGAGUGGAAGUGUUACCAUCAAACUGCAUGUUAAAGAUGAAACUGGUGAGGCUGUACUCUCAGGUCAGGUAGUCUCGUUAUUGCUGCACAGCGAUGGCAACUUUCGACUCUCUAUAGCUGAAAAUGAUAUGAAGGAAGGAUCAGUAAAAAGUGGUAAGGGUGAGUUCAACUUUAAAAUCUCAGAAGAUUCAACUGAUACAGAAAUGAGAACUGUCAAAUGUGAAAUUACUGCAAGGGAAAACCAUGAAAGUAAAGCAACUGUUUCCUUGGAUGUAAAAAGCGAGCCAGCUGGGGGUUAUGCCUUAAUCACCACAGGAGUACUGUCAGAUGCAAUUCUUGUGAGAGAUGUUCACUUUGCAGUUGCACUGCCUGGGUUGGCAGGUUGUAGCUCCUUGAGGUGUUAUUUUGGAAUAAUUUCACUUGUUUUGAUGGCACUGUUUCAUAGUUUUGUUUAGAUAUGAACAAUAGUGACUUUGCCUAGAAUCUUUUACUUAUAGGUGGUAAACAUACCAAGAGAACUCUAGACAUCAUUUAACUAAGGUAACUAUACACCAGUUGCUGCUACUUGACCACAGUUUUGUCUAGGAAAUGAUUACUCUGAGAAAUUGAAAAAAAACGUUUGACAGGCAACUGAAAAUUUUUUUGACCAUCCAUUAAGUUUGCUACUGCUAUCUUGAAGUAACAGCUUUGCUUGAAAGUGUACCAAUCCUGCAAAGUAAACAACUUGCAAGGUAGAUAUGCAUGCAUAAGCUCUAUAUGGUACAUGCACAAGCUUUAAGGUCGCAGUGCCUUAGCAUAAUGGUUGGUAGAACAAUAUCUACAGGACAUCAACAUUCCUUAAAUAUUGGAAUAAUAAAGAAAAAAGAUUUAGACGAGGGAUGCACUCACAACAAAGAUAUAUUAGUCCCAAACAAAUUUUUUGUUUUUGGUUCCCUUUUAGUUAGAUAUUCUGUGCCAAUGAAGGUAACCUUUAUAUGAUGCAAUUGUAUACAAAGAGGGCUAUAGAGGACACUGUCUUCUAAAGGUUUUCAAACUGAUGAUUUUGUAAACUUUGCCCCAUUUACUAGGGAUAGAAUUCUAAUGAACCAAACUCAAUCAAACUGUUUUAUUCCACUCUCUUAUUCGCUUAUUUACAAUGGGUGUGUAAAAAGCUACUCUGCAAAAUUUGUAAGAAAUCACUCUCUUAUAUUAUAUUCUCUACAUUGUGAUUGGUUGUUGCUAAGUACUAAUUUGAAAGGUUAUUCAAGGUUGCAUCGAUCAUGCAAACCAAUCAAUGUCCCAAAAUCACUACAGGCAGUGCUUCCAGCUCUUGACAUAAUGUUCACACUCAUCAUCUGACACAUGUCACAAAGUCUCCAACAAUGGAGAGUACAACAGUAGGGUAAUCAUUUCUAAGAGAAAACUGCAGUCAACUACUAGUAAUUAACACCAAUUACUUCAAACUCAAAUCAAAUAGGCAAUAAAGGUAUUUGUACAUCAUGUUAUUUAAAAUCAAGAGAUGGAAACAGUAGUUAUAAAAGAUAUGUCUUCAUAUUAAAAGCUAGAGGAAGUGCAAAUUU